GGUAUGUUCUGUGCGCUUCAUACCCCUCGGAUAGGCUCCUGGAGCACCUACUUCUAAUUUUGUGCGGAUCGGCCAACCAAUCGUUUGAGUCUUCUCAGAGUUCGAACUGUGCAGUGAAAAAGAAAACAGUGAUUAUUUGUAGUUGCGCAUAAUGGACCUCUUUGAUCUUUUACCCAUCUCAAUUGAUUCGCAUAUCCUCCUGCUGAGCAUUAUUGCCCUCAUUCUAUAUUACAUCUAUUCCAAGCAUAACUAUUGGAAAAAUCGCGGUGUGGCUUGUGGGUCAACCCUAAGACUCUGGCUACAAUUGUUCGGAAUCCUCAUCGGUAAAAUACCAUUCUGGGAAUGGGCUCGCGAUCAGUACAACGCCCUACCCCAGCACAAAUUUUGCGGUACUUUCACCUACGGGAGGCCUACGUUGUUGAUCCGGGACCCGGAAUUGAUAAAGGUGUGUCUCGUCAAAAGCUUCUCCAGCCUCCACGAUCGCUGCUCCGAGCCGGAUCCCGUCUAUGAUCAGCUCUCCAGCAACCUUUUCCAGAUGGUCGGCGAGAAAUGGCACCAGGUCCGCCAGAAGGUGGCACCUGCCUUCAGCCCUCUGAAACUGAGAAUCAUGUACCAGACGCUGAAGGAAUGCGCCCGAGAGCUGGACCUCUACAUGCAGUCGAUGUGCGCGGAGACAGGCGAAACGGAAAUUUGCGUCAAGUACCUGAUGACCAACUACACCAUGGACGUUAUCGGUGCUUGCGCUAUGGGCAUCAAAUGCAACGCAAUCCAGGACCCGGAAUGCCAGUUCAAGAAAAUCGUCGAUCAAAUGAUGUGUUACGACCUGAGACGAAACGUCUAUUUCUUACUCGAAAUAAUCUCGCCGAAAUUGCCGAGGCUCCUCAGAUUCAAGGCCAUUCACAAGGAGGUGGAGGAGUUUUUUCGAUCGGUCGUCAGGGACACGAUGGAAAUGAAAAAGCGGGACGCCAACCGCGCGUCUGCCCGCAAGGACUUCCUUCAGAUUUUGAUGAAUCUUCGGGAUUGCGAGCAGGCAGCAACCGCAGAAUGUAGCACGGGAGCUCUUGAGGCCGAUGGAGCACUCUUCUGUGAGGAUAUCCUUGUCGGGAUGAUGAGUGUGUUUCUCUCCGCGGGAUUCGAACCCGUCGCUUGCACGGUAACAUUUUGUCUGUAUGAACUAGCCCGUCAUCCUGAGAUCCAACAGAAACUCCACGAAGAAAUCAAACUUGUAACAGGAGGCAACAUUGCCGAUAUAAAUUAUGAUGACCUUAGAAAACUUUCAUACAUGGAGCAGGUCAUUGAUGAAACACUCAGGAAGUACCCAGUGUUUCCAUGCAUCGAGCGGAUUUGCAACGAACGCUUCAUACUGCCGGAGACAAGUCUUGUGAUUGAGGAAGGGACCAUCUUCUUUGUCCCAACGAUCAGCCUUCAUCAUGACCCUAGGUUCUUUCCUAAUCCAGAUGAAUUCGAUCCAAAUCGGUUUGCGGAACAGAAUAUUGAUAAAAUUAUCCCCGGCUCGUACUUACCAUUCGGCGACGGACCAAGAUGCUGCAUUGCCAGUCGCAUGGCUAUCAUGAUGAUCAAAACAAUGCUGACUACCAUGAUACUGAGUUACAACAUUUCUCCCUGCGCUCUGACACCAGAACGGAUAGAAUUCGAUCGCUCCCGCUACGCACUAAGUCCACCGAAAGCUGGUUUGAUGCUUAGGAUUCAGAAAAGGAAAUCAUAAUUUUUUAAGAAACUCAUAAUAUUAUAGGAUUAUUUUUCGAGAGCACUUGAAUCCACCACCUAAUUUCAGCCUUUUUUGACACUUUCUGUAUUGUUAAAUCUGCCCCUUUCGAAAAAGUUGAGAGCUGUUUGCUAUUUCAAAGAUAAAGAUGAUUCACUUUAAAAAUGUUUUACCAACUGAAGUAAAAAA